UCAUCCUAAAUUUUUUUUCACGAUCCUAACGGUACGUUAAAUAUUUAAAAUUCUCGUGGGGAAAAAAAAGAACGGCUGCUUAUUCAUUCUAAUACUUGAAAUUGUUUGGAAAUUGUCAUUGAUCAAAGUUUUUGGAGCGUAAAGAUAAUAAGGUAAUGGAGCACGUGGUGACCACGUGGUUUUCGACCCACAUAAGUCACGUGCCUGUCCCCACUUCUUCCUUUAGUUGCGAGUGUAACAGUUAAAUAAUAAAUGACGCAAAGUUUAACAACGGUCGAUCAUUGACGAUCGAAUGCCCGUGACGUUGAGAGAGUCACGUACAUUUUUUGUAAAUACGAUAUUUCAAAACUGACAGCUACUACAGAUAUUGUUGUAUUCGUAACUAAAUUUUCGCGAAGUAUAUAUAGGUUUUGGAUUUAACUUGUAAAGAUUUGAAGGCUGACACGUUAAUAUUCCACUGUAUCCAUACGUAUUGUUAUCGUAAUAAUAUAUUGCGGAAUGUUUAUUUCGGCAUUUUCAGCAUUUCAGCGAGUUUCAGCUUUGGUAAAGUAUACGUUCUGAAAUUCGCUGCCAGCAUCGUGAGCACAGUUGUAUCUCACUCUGUUGCUUGCAGGUACAUUGAGACACGAGGAUACUCGUAGUACUGUCAGUGAAUUUCGUAAUGUAUCUAAAGUAAAUUGAAAUUAAGGCUCUGCAGGUUUUGCACGUGCUAAUUGAAAUGAAGAUUGCACAACUUUAGCUCACAAUCAGUCGCGACUGCCGCAUGACGUAUUGGAAUGGCCGUUUUUGGUACAGAGUACUUAGGUUGCGUGUAAUAGGUUCGUUUGAAUUUUAUACUGUACGAUACAGUGAUCGAGUAGGAUUAUUGCGUUGAAGUGCGGAAAAUUCUCUUUUUGAUUAUAUAAAGAAAGUUAUAUCUUGUCGCUCGUGAUAAAGUAAAGUGACAGGCCGCAGACGGUUAACCUCCAAUUUCGGAAGAAGUGUCAAGCACAUUUUUUUCACGUUGACAUCUGGCUGUUUAUUAGACUGCGAAGAGAGUAAAGUUAUACUUGCUUUUAUUAAUAAUUGUCCUGUUAAUUAUUGCGCUGGAAAAGGGCAUGCUGUGUGUGGCGAGAGCAAUGCGAAUCGAGCGAAAAUUCAUUCUUGUCUUUAACGAACGUUUUGCACUUUGGAACAAAGUUAAAUAGUGUUUACUGCUGGUUUUAGAUAAUUAAGGUUAUUUGAUCAUCGUUUUUGCUGUGUUCCUUACGUUUAUAUAUAAAUAUAUUGACGUACGUAUUAAGUAGAUCAUAGUUAAGUGUAGGACGUAUUUUCAAAAUGAGACUGGUCAGUCCUGAGAAACUUGCAGAGCUUCAGAGUAGAUCGGAAUCUAUUAGAAGUAUUUGUAUACUUGCUCAUGUUGAUCAUGGGAAGACUACGCUGGCAGAUUCUUUAGUAGCCAGUAAUGGAAUUAUCUCCAGCAAGCUUGCUGGUAAGCUACGCUACUUGGAUAGUAGACCGGAUGAACAACUGCGUGGGAUAACUAUGAAAUCAAGUUCUAUUGCUCUGUAUCAUACUUAUAAUAAUGAAGAGUUUAUAGUGAAUCUUAUAGAUUCUCCAGGUCACGUAGACUUUGCUUCCGAAGUAUCUACUGCAGUUAGGCUUUGCGAUGGUGCCAUAGUUGUGGUUGACGUAGUAGAGGGAAUAUGUCCACAAACAAGGAGCGCCUUAUCCAUGGCAUACAUAGAAGGCCUGAAGCCUAUUCUAGUUCUAAAUAAAAUAGAUCGACUAAUCACCGAAAUGAAAUUAUCUCCACUGGAUGCAUACGUAUAUCUCACUCAAGUCUUGGAGCAAGUGAAUGCUGUUGUGGGAGAAUUAUUCACCAGUGAUAUAUUGGAAAGAGAAGAAAAGGAAGAGAUAUCAAAGAAGUCAGAAGAGGACAAUGUUGCAAGAAGGACGUUUGCAGAUUGGCAAUCAGCAUUGGAAGAAGCAGAUGAUUCAAAUUUAUAUUUCUCACCGGAACAAGGGAACGUACUCUUCACCAGUGCAGUCGAUGGAUGGGGUUUUGGGGUGAAGGAAUUUGCAAGAAUCUUCUCUGAGAAGUUGGGCUUCAGCGAAGAAGUAUUACUCAAGACACUUUGGGGUGAUUAUUACAUGAACAGCAAGACAAAAAGAAUAAUGAAGGGUGCUCAAGAGAAGGCCAAGAAACCCUUAUUCGUACAACUUAUCCUGGAAAACGUAUGGGCACUCUACGAUACAGUGGUAAUCAGGAAGGAUAAAGAGAAAAUGAUAUCUAUGGUUGAUAAAUUAAACAUCAAAUUAACAACAAGAGACCUACGUCAUACAGAUUCAAAAGCUCAGCUGCAAGCAAUAUGUUAUCAAUGGCUGCCAUUGGCACGAGCUUGUCUGAAUACAGUGUGUGAAAAAAUACCAGCCCCUAAUAAAUUAACGGAAGAUAAAGUAGAACGUCUCAUGAGUGGCAAUGGCGAUUUUUCGGCGUUACCACCAGAGACUCAGAAGCUCAAGGAAGCUUUCUUGAAAUGCGACCCAAGCGAGGAUGCUCCGAUCAUUGUAUUUAUAUCAAAGAUGUUUCCAGUCGAGAGAAAGUUACUUCCGGAGAACAAGCCGAAACCUCUGUCUCAGGAGGAAUUAACCGAAAGACGAGAACUGGCUCGUCAGCAACACGCAGCUAAAUUAGAGAAGGAACAAAAUGGGUCGAUUGACUCCAACGAGUCGAAUGCUACCCGCGUGCUGGAUGAAGUGAGCCAAAUCGAAGAAGAAGAUUCGGAAGAUGCCUUGGUGGCUUUCGCAAGAGUCUAUUCCGGAACUUUGAGAAUAGGAACUGAACUCUAUGUCCUGGGACCAAAGCACGACCCAAGAAUAGCAAUGGAACGUUUAAAAAUUGGCGAAGAAGUAGAUCCGUCAACUCUGUUGAAGGACUUAAAACCAGGACGACACGUGACACGUGUCAAAAUCGAGAAAUUGUAUCUUCUUAUGGGCAGAGAAUUAGAACCGAUAGAUGAAGUUCCAGCAGGUAAUGUUUUCGGAAUUGGCGGUUUGGAUGAACACGUGUUGAAAACAGCAACAUUAUCAACCACGGUAGCUUGCCCAUCCUUCGCAGAGUUAACGUCAUUGACAGUGCCAAUUCUCAGGGUGGCCCUAGAACCAAAACAUCCAAAUGAUCUAUCCAAACUCAUUAACGGACUAAAACUUUUGAAUCAGGCAGAUGCUUGUGCUGUUGUGCAUAUUCAGGAAACUGGGGAGAUCGUCCUAAACACUGCCGGUGAGGUUCAUCUUGAAAGAUGCUUAGAAGAUCUAAAGUUGAGAUAUGCAAAAGUCGAAGUGAACGUCUCUGAACCUAUUGUGCCUUUUCGCGAGACAGUCGUACCACCGCCAAAACUUGAUAUGGUCAAUGAAGUGAUCGAGAGUAAAGCAGAGAAAGCGAAUUUAGAAUUUUGGACGACGAAUAGACAGUGCUGUUUCGAAAUAGACGCUAAGCCACUUCCCGAGGAAGUGACGAAGAUCCUGGAGAAGAAUUCGGAUCUUCUAAAACUAUUGGAUCAGCAUGUUGAGAGGCUGGGAAAAGAAAAGGACGUCAAUGUUCCCAAUGAUGUUCCAUCAAAAUUAUCUUCUGUUCAAUCUUCUCUUACAGAGAGAACCCAAAAGGCGAUUGAGGCUUUAAAGACGGAAUUGAGGAGUGCUUUCAAAAAUUCUGGAUGGGACGAUAUACUUGAGAGAAUCUGGUCCUUUGGUCCACGUAAAUGCGGACCUAAUAUUCUUCUCAAUGAAACAGAUUACGAACGGAGACCAUUUUGGGAACUUCAAAUUAAAUCAAACGACCUCAGAGCUACAUAUGAUAACAGCAUGAUCAAUGGCUUCCAGUUGGCAACUCUGGCUGGACCACUCUGUGAGGAGCCCAUGAUGGGUGUCUGUUUGGUUGUGAAAAAAUGGGAGAUUCGUGAAGAUUGUCACAGUGAAUCUGGUGGACAGAGUCAGGGUCAUCUGGGAGGUCAGAUAAUGUCAACCUGUAAGGAAGCAUGUCGUCGUGCCCUGUCCUCCAGAAGACCUCGUCUAGUAACACCAAUGUACUCCUGCAGCGUCCUGGUGAAUUCCGACGUCCUCGGUAAAUUAUACGCUGCCUUCGGCAAGAGGCAGGGUCGCAUAGUGGCCACUGAAAGUGCUCUGGGUUUCGGGGGACAGUUCCGAGUAUUGGCUACACUUCCGGUACCGGAGAGCUUCCAAUUGGCUCGUGAACUUCGCACCCAGACAUCAGGAUUGGCUAGUCCCCAGCUGGUCUUCAGUCACUGGGAAGUAAUCGAACAGGAUCCAUAUUGGGUGCCGUCUACCGAAGAAGAAUAUUUACAUUUUGGCGAGAAAGCGGAUAGCGGAAAUCGCGCCAAGAAGUAUAUGGACUCUGUUCGUCGAAGAAAGGGACUUCCGGUCGAUUCGCAGCUUGUUACUCAUGCCGAGAAACAGCGCACUCUCUCCAGGAAAAAAUAGAUUUUCUUUGUUCUUUCGUCUUUCUUGUAAAUUGAUAUACUUAAUGGACCUUGCUGGAUGCGUAAUAUCGGUCACGGAAUUUUCUUUUAAUUUCCUUUCUUUUUGUAGAAGCAGCCAUUUUUUUAUGGUAAAUGGACACUGUUCGGAUUUUUGAAAUUUGGUCCGCAGGUUUGUUCCUUCCGGCGAUGAUUGUUUGCAUCUACGGGGAAAUUGGGUUCGAUGUUAUUAUUCACUUAUUAAAAUAAAGAAUUAACUGAAAAGGUGUCUGUGAUAUCAAUAAAGAAAUUUUUGGUUAAA